AUGAAAGACAAGGAUCUCACAUCCAUUAAAACCCUCUCCCAAACAAUCCACCCUUACCCCAGCACCCCCCAUCUUGCAUCACAAUCCUGCUGUAUCGGGUCAAAGUACUUCUCCUCCAACAUCCUCCCAGAUGACAAUAAUAUGGACCUCCUCAUGACAACCCUACCUGAUACACCCUCCCCAGAAUCACUCCAAUCUCCUCCCGACACCCCUACCCCAGCCUCUCACAAAAUCCCUGUGCCUUCCCCACCUGAUGACCUCCUUAUCAUGCAGGAAUUUUGUGUAACCUCCUCUAUGGAGAGCCCUGCUGCAGGCAUCACUCAAAACGGACUGGCAGAAUCCAUCCAUGCUCCAUCUAGCUCUGCGAACCAGACAAUAACAAUCCUGUCCAGCCCCACCUCCUCGCACAUCUAG